UGCCUCAGGCUUGGAGAGUUAGCGUGGGAUGGUUGUCAGGGUAGAUGUUAUGCCUCUGGCCAUGUGGUUUUCAACCAGCAACUCCCUCUUCCCUGCUCCCUCUGAGGCCUGGCUCCAGAGAGUCCCCAAGCAGCAAGAAGAUCUGGGAUGGGGGGGCGAAGGGGGUGAGGAGCAGAUGCCCCUGUCCUGUUUGGAGAAGCAGGAUGGUGAUGAGGAUGAAGAAAACUUCCCCCUAUCCCUCCUGGAGAGGGACUUCCUAGAAGACUCUCCUGAAGCUGAGUUGCCUUACCCCACUUUCAGCAUGGGAGGGGGGCUCUCUGGUGUGCGGCAGCGGGAGGUGACCCCCACGCUGUGUGCCGGGCAGGAGCUGGAAGCCAUUAAGAUCAAGAUAUGGGAGCUGGAGAAGGCCCACGAGAGGAUGAAGGCCUGUGAAGAAGCAGCGGUGGUGACUGACAGUUUCUUUCUGAGCACUGACGCUGGUGCUCUGUUUCCGGGAACCCCUAAGGAAAAGAUGGAGGCUGAUAAUAGGUCUGUCUACGUGGGCAAUGUGGAUUAUGGAGGCACAGCAGAGGAGCUGGAAUCCCACUUCAACAGCUGUGGGGAGAUCAACCGAGUCACCAUUCUGUGUGACAAGUUCUCCGGACACCCCAAGGGCUAUGCCUACAUUGAGUUUGCCAGCGAGAGCUCCGUAAAAGCUGCGGUGGAUUUGGACGAGAGCACUUUCCGUGGGCGGAUCAUUAAGGUCCUGCCCAAAAGGACAAAUAUGCCAGGAAUCAGCUCUACAGAUCGUGGAGGCCUGCGGGGCCACUGCAUUGGCAGAGGAGCCCUCUCUCAUAGGGCCACUUUCCACGGUGGAUCCAGAUCUAGGCCAAGAGGAAGAAUCUACAGGGGACGAGGACGAUUCUCACCAUGGUAUUCGCCAUAUUAGAAUGGGACAUUCAAGUGGAGACCGGCAGCUCUUCAGCAAAGGGACUAUUUUAACCACAUGGCCUGUAUUUUGUGCUGGGGCACGGGAUGAUUCAGGUAGGGUAUGCUUUAUAGCUGAACAAUCAGAUGCCGUACCAUCACCCUUCGCACCCAGAUGCUGCUUGGGCAGGGUAGAUGUGGCUGGGUUGAUUCUAUGGAGAUUUAUUGGGGUUGGAGGGUUGGGGGGUGGGCAGAUGGGGUGGAGGGCAGAGGGAAAGAAGAGAUGGGUUAGCUAGUUUAUUACCGAGAUAAAAUGGAAGGGCCUGAACAACAGGGAUGAGGGAAGUGACCACUGGGAAGAUACCAAGCUGCUAAACUAAUGAAGAGGACUUCCCCAAAUACCACAGAAGACCCAGAGUCCUGCAUUUGGGCCUCUUGAGGAGGAAAGAGCUUGCCUCUGGGGCCCAAGUUAGCCAACUGCCCAGCAACUUACUUGGCCAGACCUACUGGCAUAAGCAUUCUGAUCUGGAAGCCUCCUUCCUUUGUGUUGUUCUGCAUCUGAUGGAGUUGAUAUUCUGGGAAUCUCCAGCUGGGUGCUCAGCAGUAGAGCAGAGAUGUGGUAACCAAAUGUAAAUCUCCCAGCAGGGGCAGCUUGGCUCAGCUCCUCGAGCUUAUGAGUUUUAAAAAGAAACAAUUGUACACUGUCUUAAUGUUAAAAUGUCAUUAAAUUUGCAAAUAUUUUUAAGAAA